UAUAAAACAGUCGUGCGACAUUCACGCUCCACUCACUGACCUCGGCCUGAACGGGUCACCACAGCAGAGGCUCGAGGAACGCUACAUCUGCACUUUCCUUCAUCAACAGAGUUUCUGCAACAGGCUACAAGUAAAGAUCUAUCCACUGCAGGACAGAGGUUGUCAUGAGGGCGGCGUGUGUGAUCAUCUUGGCCUCUCUGACGGUGUUCCUGUCACCCGGGCUCCAGUGCCAGGCUCUGCCGGGUGAGGGUGACCCGUCUCUGGACGAGCUCUUCCAGCGCGCGGAGACUCUGCUCAUCCGCUCCAUCCUCACACAGAUGGAGGACGAGAACAACGACAACGGAGAGCAGCUCGUGUCCCCGACGGACUGGAUGGAGAAGAGGCAGCACCCGGGAAAGAGACAGCAUCCCGGCAAGCGCGAGGACGCGGACUACGAAGACGACGCUCCUGCUCUCCAGAAGAGACAACAUCCCGGGAAGCGCGAGGACGAAGAGAGCGCGAGGCUGAGAAGGCAGCAUCCCGGGAAGCGUCUGUCUCUGGAGCAGAUGAUGCUGGAGGAACCCAGCGCCCAGAGCGAGCUGUCCAAACGGCAGCAUCCCGGGAAACGCUACCUGAUGCUGCUCCACAAGCGACAGCAUCCCGGCCGGCGCGAGCUGCACGAGGCAGCGGCAGCGGGAGACUUUUCGGACCUAGCGAAGCGUCAGCAUCCCGGGAAGAGACUGUGCGAGGACUGGGACGAGGCGGGCUGUGAUCAAGCCAGCAUCCUGCUCGAGCUUCUGGACAAAAGUCGCGCGGAGGAGAAGCGACAACAUCCCGGGAAACGGGAGUUAGAGGACGAUCUGACGGAGCAAGAGUAACUGUGUGAAGUUGAUAAAGCGGAUGAAUAAGUGUGUGUGCGUUGAUUUCCAUGGAAAACGCGCCUGUCUCCAUGUGUUUACUGCGUUUCUCAUGUCGUUAAAGCAAGAGAGGGAAAACACUAAAUCUCGUUUAACUCUGUUUUUCGUUUCUACAGCAACUGUGCGCGCGGGAACACCUUAAAAUACUAUACAUGUGACCCAACUAGAUCCAUACUCUAUUCGCAUUCGGUCUGUUUUGGGAAACAUUUCACUAAUGCAUGUGAUCAGAAAACAUCUCCAGCGGCAUUUCCAGUGUAAAUCCCAUUUAAUUUGGUUCGCAAAACAACGAAACGGGUUACCGAGAUAUUUUUCUACAGUAGCGUACUUCUUGCAUGACCUGACCUGUACAUUUUCAUGAUUUAUUUUUGUUCUAUUGAUAAAGAAGAGCAUAUAAAUGACAAUGAUGUUGUACAAUAAAAUGCUUUCGAUGCGAA